UUAACUGAAAAAAAACAAAAUGUUUUGUUCUUUACUCAUCAAGGAUGUAGGCAAAUGGAUUGACCAGUUUCAGAUUAAAAAUCACUCUGAUUGUCAUAAACUAGCAAACAGGAGGUAAUCAGUAACAAAGCAGACACUAUCAGCCAUCAGAUGGACAGACAAUGAGCUGAUGUUGCCUGUAAAGUUCCCUGCUGCCAUACGCUGUUGUGCCAUGGGUCUGCGCGCAGUCUUUCUGGCUUUGGCUGUAGUGCCUGCCUGUCUCGCACAGAUUACUUGGCUUUUGAGUACCAAGACAAAAAUUGAUAUUUAUGAAUAUCGCAAGUGUCCUGAUCAAGGAACUGGAGAAAUGGAUUGGAACCUUCGACUGCACCGUGUAUCUAGAGAUCUUCUGGUAGUAGAAGGCAACAUAUCCCUGAGUGAGCCUCUAGACGAGAACAUAUCAGGAAACAUCAUAGUUGCAGAGAAAGGUAAUGGAGGCUGGAUGGAGAGAAUGUUUGUCUUCAAAUUACCCAACCUUUGUGCAGACAUCCAUCUGAUUCUGGGUUCUGGAUGGACCAGUUUCUGGGAAAAAGCAGGAGUUGCGCCUCCGGUAAAAUGUCCAAUCCAAAAAGGAAAUUAUACAGUGACCGACUACUCCACAAAGGAGUUUGAGAAGAACACAAUUCCCAGAUCAAGACAAGGCACAUUCAAGGUAGACCUUGAGUUUCUCAGGAGAUCCACUCAAAAACGUAUGGGAUGCAUCUCAUUCGUUAUGAACACAAAACCUCAAUAACAGCUGCCCACUACUAUAGAAUUAAUUGUUCAGGUUAAUCUUAACAGCGUUUGGUAAUAAAGAAAACAAUAUAAUGCACAAUAGAAA